GGGCCAUCACAGUGUGGCAUUGUUGACCCCUCACAAGUACCCUACUAGCUUAUUUGUCUCUGCAUUGGGUGAGACGGAGGUGUAUAUAAGUGAUUCGAGCCCAUCUAUACGGAUGUCUUUUCGAGUCCCUCCCUCAGUGACUCGCUCAUCGCAUAUCCUGUGCUCACCAACCUUUAGCCGGCCUCUUCACCGUCAUCAGCACUCACUAAUCUUUGGAAGGCGAAAAAUGGCCACAGAGGCCCACAUUGAACUCGAUCCUUCUCAUGCAGGUGUUUACCAUGUUCCGAACAUCUCACAACAAUCAUCCGAUACUGGAAGCAAAUUGCUCCAGUAUAACUCGGAUGCUUUCCAUAUCUUCUUCAAUGCUUCCGGAUUCCACAAUCACAUUGCUCAUCAUCUCUUAACGAUAUAUGCUCUCGGUGCCACAUCAGAAGAAUUGCAACAUGCGUUCGAUUUCAACAAAGGCUACCAGCGAAAGCUUCCUCCUGUGGACACAGGAAAUGUGCAAAAAAUGUCUGAUCCUGAGGGAUUCAACAGCUCUCUGGGGAAAGCGCAGUACUUCCACGACUACGAGGUUUUCUUUCAAGGAGAAAUCGAGAAGAAAGGGUGGGAAAAGGUCCUCAACGAACAUGUUUUUGCUCGCACUGAGCACUCCGAGAGAAUGUUAGUCCGCAUGUUUGCAGGUUUCCUGCACCCAUUGAUCCAUUUGGGGUUUGGGGUGGAAUUCAAGCAGCCAGCCAUCAUGAUUGAAGCUCUUGCACAAGCGGCUGUCCAUGACGACUGGCCUGGUAAAUUCCUCCAUGCAGCUGAGAAGGCCGCCAAACAAAACCGAUCCUCCAAGAGCCUGGUACAAUUGAUACACGAGACUCGUGCAAAUGAGAAGCUCCGAAACUCUGCCCAUGCUGAAGACGGCAACAAGCUCCGAGAUGGGGUGUUCGCCAGAGCUGCUGAAGAAAUGACAGAUAUUGCUUCUCAAUGGACCGUGGAACCGGAAGAACUACAGCAAAAAACCGCGGAGAUGAUUAACGCUGCUGUGUAUUUUGCUGCCGGUGCCCAGCGUCCAGGCAAACAAGUCAAGUUUGACUUCUUCUACAUGCAUUCCGUCAACUGCUCCAUAUUCUUUUCAGCAUUCUUGGACGAACCAUGGUUGAGUACGGAGAACAAGUGCAGGCUUCUGGAAUGGAAAGGUCGACUCGAUCUAGCAAUGUAUGUCUCCAGAGGAUGCCCGAAAUUGUUGACAGAAGAGAUCAAGAACUACAAACCGCAGCAUCCCCAAGACGGAUGGGCGGAGAUCAUACGCAGAGUCGACAAAUUCCCUGACGAUGGACAUGCUAGCAAAUUGGUAAGAGCUCUCGCCAACGGACAUGAGGUUUGCAAACCAUAUGAAGGGCAGUCUGAGGAUGUCUUCGUUCUUCAGGGAGAUGAUGUAUGGCUGAAAUUAGGUCACAUGGCCAUUGAUUCAGUUGAGACAGGCGAGCCGCACUGGGUACGCAAUGCUGGAUUUGAUGAAGCUUGGGACGAGGUCCCUGAGCGGGCACGACUAUGAGGGAGGCUGAUAUCGACGAAAUUGGGCUUGCGUUCACCU